CCCGACCCGCGACCCGUGAUCAAUUACCCGACCUGGACCCGACCUGCCACGGGGCGGGUCUGAGUACCAAGAAACCCGCCCCGGACCUGCCUCAUUGCCAUUCCUAGUCCUUCGGAUGGGAGAUAUCUAGUUUGGGGGAAGACAAUGCAAUUUGGUUGAGACUUGAGACAUUCGGUCAUAAGUUGUUUAACAUAUUUUAAUUUUGUAUGAUCUCAAUUCACGCUAUGUUUUCUUUCCCUUAAUUUAUUUAUGCGGUAAAACUAAUGAACAUCAAACUAGCCAAGCCAGAAUACUUCAUCCAUAUAUCAUGUCCAACUGUUAAAAAUCGUUUGUUCUAUCGAUAAUCGUCCAAACAAAUAGACUAACUCACUAUUAUAACUGGCUUGAUGAUUAUAUCGAUCUGAUAGCUAAUUAUGUAUAGUCUUACAACAUCGGUAUUUUACCGUAAUAUUUUUUAAGAAGACGUGAGGAAAAAAAAUAUCUCAACUUAAAUUAUUAAAUACACCCAAUUGCAUACUCACAUAUUAUUAAAAUUACUUUAAAAAAAAUGGUUGGUACUUGACUACUUAUAUAUAUAAAAAAAAAGCUGAUAUUUACUAUGCCAACAUCUCUUGCCACCAUGGUCCAUUAAACCGUACCGUACCGGCGGUUCAACCACAAAAUACCAGUACCGGAGGCUAAAUCGAUAGACGGUAUUUAACGAUACUAACGGUUGAACUACGCUUAAACCACGAUUUUGCCAUAAAAUACCCUACCGCUUACUUUUCCGGUACAGUUUCAUGGACCAUGCUUCGCACUAGGGUAAUCAAAAUCGUUUUUCUUCUUCUCUCUCCCAAGUAUUCUCCCUCUCAAAUAUUUUGUGAUUAUUUUCACUGGGCUACUUCUCUCUUUAUGUUUCAUGUGAAAAGAAAUAUUAUUCUAAUAAGUCGAAAAAUAUACAUUGGGAGUAUCUAAUAAUUCCUCGCGGAGCUUUACUCGGAAAAUUUUACAUCAGUUACCGGAGAUAGAGCUAGACAAUAAAAAAUAAUAAAAAUAAUAAAAAAAGACGAAAUACCAUUUCUCCCUUUUUAUAUAACAGAUCGCUUGCCCCAUGCUUGCUAAAUCACUCACUAAAAAUUUCCUUAUUAAGGAUUAAUCACAGGCAAUCCGUUCCAUCGAUCUCUUCGAGCUUUUGCAAUAGUCAGCUGCUAAAAUGGGUACUCAGCCCGAAUCUCCAUUGUUGCCCCAACACCAUCAGAAGAAAUCCAAGUACGCCGACGCCGCCAUCGUCUUUCCCACGGCCACGAAUCCUCCUACGCCGCCAGCCGCCUCCGAUGAGCUUAACGAUAAGAAACCACAAUCCAAACUUACUGAAUGCUUAACUGUCUGUUGCUUUGCCGCCAUUUUAUUCUUCUUGUUUGGCGGUGUUAUAACAACCGCUUUCAUGACAUACGGCCAGUUGGCACCCUACUCCCCCUCGGCCGACGUCGUUUCAGCCUUUGUGUCAGUCAACAACGACACUAAUGGGCCCAAGACGGGCCGGCUAACUGCCAAUUGGGCCUUCACUCUCAAUCUCCGGAACGCGCUCUUUUGCGAUUCCUGUCAGGGCGUGUAUCCGUACCAAGUCGAGGCUUCCGUUUAUUAUCAUGGCGGCGAGGACGGUGGCGGGCAUAUGCUCGCAUCGACUCAUCAGUUCUCCGGGUUAACCGUCGACCCGAGCCGGGACGAUCCGACCUUUUUAAUUGAAUUGGGAGCGGAAGAAGCGGACGUCGGGGAGAGCGUGGUUGCGGCGAUUUUCAAGGAUGUAGCCGAAUUGGAGCAGAAUCGGUUGCGGUUCAGAGCUGUGGUUCUGGUGUGGGUGCGGGUCAAACCGAGCAACUUACGUAGCCGGUAUUAUUUGGCGCGGAUUAGUUGCGAUCCGUUUUGGACCGGAUCUGCCGGUAUCGCGGGCAAGUCUCUCGAAGAUAGCAAGAAAUGUCAAGUUCACGUGACUCGACAAAGCAAACCAAGCACGCUGGAUGAAGAUCGGACAAGACUGAGCACCACAUAAUAAAUAAACUAAAGUGAAGCUUUCAGUCGUGCAAGUAUUAGUUUUGAUUCACGAUCUUUUUUAAGGAUAGAGCUUUAUGGGAGAUUAAUUUUGAUUUUAGAUUUGAUGCUAUUGUAUGGUUUUUAGACGGAUCAGUAACUAUUAUGAGAUUGAAAGGUUUGUAUUUGACAUAUAUCUAUUAUGUCUGUUGAUUUCGAGCAGUGCUGGAUCCGGGAAUUACAUCAAGGGUAUUCAACGAUGAAAUAGAUCACCAAGGAUUGUCAAAUAGUCUUGAGUUCAAAUACUACGUACCAUCGCAAAAAUAAAACUUUACAAAGGAAUUUUGUAAAAAAAUGGAAACAAGGUUUGUCAAUUGACCAACCUUGGUUAACCUAUAGGUCCGCCACUGAUUUCGAGAAUGUUUUUUUUUUAAUUUUCAUUUAUGGGAUGAACCUUUCGUGAGUAGGACCUCGUGCGGUGUUAGAAAACAUGACAAUUAUGUAUUUUUGGAUGAUUUUUCACUCAGUCCCAAAGGUUUUUGACAACCCAUUACAGUCAUUAUAAACCAAAAACUGAACCCUAGUGAUUAAAAAAAAAAAUAUUGAAUCCUAUUGUUACAUGAAUAUUUACACCCUCGCUCACAAAAUCCGUGAUGUUUUGUAAGGUUUUGCUCUGUCAAGUUUACUUUGUGUCUUUGUCAAACCAAAUAAACAACCUCUUUGAAAGUCGUCUAGCCGUGAUAAAACCAAAAGAGCUAGAUUCUACUCAUUCAUCAAAAUAUUUAUUGGUGUGCAACUGUGCAUAAAACACUUUUUUUUUAACAAUAGAUAGCUUGUAUUACCAAAACCAAAGGAUAGCACUGUUUACAUCACAAGAAAAACCAACGUUCAAAAUCAAAACUUUCCACACUCGCAGGCAAACAAAGAAAGGGUCUUCCUGGCCACCUCAUAAGCCACCCGAUUGUUACUCCUGCCAACAAAAGCUAUGUCAAAACUUUGAAAGCACCGCCGAAUCCCACCAGUCUCCUCCAAGAUCCGACCACCUCGCAAAUCCCUAGUAUCCGCCCUCUGAAUCUUCUCAAUGACAACCCACUACAAGAAAAAAGAGUUUCGGCUACCAUUUUCUUGGCAACCAUAGAAAAAUGGUUGCAUAUAACCAGGUUUCAGCAACCAUUCUUAAAAUGGUUGUUGAUAGCCAACUCUAAUGCUACCAUUAGGGAAAUAGUCGAUGAUAGGUCAAAACUUCAGCAACCAUUCGUAAAAUGGUUGGCGAUACACGACUCUCUAGCAACCAUGAGGUAUAAGGUUGCUAGUAAGCCAAUACUUAACCAACCAUUUAGAAAAUGGUUGCUGAUACCUAAUUCUAAUGCAACAAUUACUAAAAUGGUCGUUGAUAGAUCAAAACUUCAGCAACUAUUCGUAAAAUGGUUGUCGAUACACAACUCUCUAGCAACCAUGAGGUAAAUGGUCGACGGUAAACCAAUACUUCAUCAACCAUUCAUAAAAUGGUCGCUGAUACCCAACUCUAAUGCAACCAUUAGUAAAAUGGUCACUGAUAU